GCUGGAGGUGACAGGCUCUGGCUCGCAGCGGCAGUUUGUGCGUUGUGGUUGCGUGGAAACUGAGCGGUCGGUCCGGAGGAGCGGAGGUGAGGGCAGGGCGAGGCGAGGCGAGACGCUGGAGCGGCUCUGAGGGACCACAGCCCGGGGGGAGCACAGCGGGGGGCAGGGGCAGCAGAACAGCCCCAACUUUCCUCCAGAAGCCAUGAGGAGCCGCGCAGGAAACAGCUGUGCAAAACCCGACUUCCUGUCUGGCAGAUGUUUGGUACCUCAGAAAGGCAGAGAGCAGAGAAAACAGAAAGGGAAGGCACAGAAGCAGACAGGAGAAGACGGAGAAAAAAGGCUGAGAUAGAGACGGGCAGAGAGAAAUCCCUAUUGCUUACAGCAAUUAGAGCAGCUAACCUCCAUCUGUGCAUGAAAUAACACACUCCAGCUCGCAGGACAUUUCAGCCAUCAAUCAGCAGCUUGUUAUUCCGCGUGUGUGCGCGCUUGGUGGUCAUAGGUUGGCAUCCCCAUCCUCAUCCUCCCCCCAAGGUGGCGCUCUAAAGGGAGUAUGCUCUCCAUCAUCUCACCAUGCCGCUGUCGUCCUACUGGUUGCUCCGGCACUCCGUGGUCAUGUGCUUGUUGCUCCACAGCUUGGUGCUGAUGACACUGUGCUUCCACCAUGCGGCCACGUCCUGCUCGAAGCGUUGCUACUGCUCCGAAAGCGAGGGUCCCUUCGGGGGCAAGACCAUGCGCUGCAGCAACUUGCGCCUCACCGAAAUCCCGCAAGACAUCCCCAACGACACACGGCGCCUCUACCUGGACUACAACCUGCUGACCAGCAUCCCUGCCAAUGCCUUCCAGGACCUCCCUCUGCUGGCCGAGCUCGAUCUGUCCCACAACGAGCUGGCUCUCCUCGAGUCUGGAGCUUUCCGAGGCCUGGGCGCAUCCCUGCAAUUCCUGGACCUAUCCUCCAACCAGCUGACUACACUGGACCCUGAAGCUUUCGAAGGUUUGAAGGCUCGAUCUAAUCUGACGGGCAACCCCUGGCACUGUGACUGCCGACUACAGACAGCCCUUCCACGCCUUGACUUGGAGCCUGUGUCUCUGACAGGCAUUGUUUGUCAGACUUCAGAACCUGAGGACUCCGGUGCCCAAGGUGUGCCCUUCCUGCUGGCCAAAGACCUGGACCUGUGUGUGGUGCUUAAAAAGACCACCGACGUGGCCAUGCUAGUGACCAUGUUUGGCUGGUUCACAAUGGUCAUCUCCUACCUGGUGUACUAUGUGAGACACAACCAGGAGGAUGCCAGGCGCCACCUGGAGUAUCUCAAGUCUCUGCCCAGCAGGCAGGGCAAGUCUGAGGAGUCUUCCACCAUUAGCACAGUGGUUUGACAGCAGACCACAUGCUGAACACUAAUGGCGGAAGCUCCUCAGGCACCCAAAGGGCAAUGGGCACACUCAGCAAAUAGGGUCACUAGGCAGCAGCAGAGUCUGGCCUGGUAGGGCCUCCAACCAGAAAGCAGAUUAAUGUCUGUGGAAAGGGCAUGUCUGGUGGCCUGCUGAUGCUCAACAACACACCCUCCCAGGUUCAGUUCAGCUUUGCAAAUCAGCCAGAGUAACCAGGCUCAGCGACUGCUGAACAAGAAAAGGAGACCUAGCAGCCAAUGAACAACUCCUACUGCAAGUCCUUCGUUAUUCAUCUCAGGCUCAGGGGUAACAGCAAGUCCUCCCGAGCAUUCCUGGGGGAUCUGCAGGCCAACGUUCGGGAUAUCCUCCACGAGAACUGCAGAGGCCAUCUUAUCUCAUCUGGAUAAAUAAUUGAUCCAGAAGCAGCCAGGCUCUGAGCCCGCGGCAGCUGAGUGGUCUGUCUGCACUGGACGCUUUUAAAGGAGUUGUUGUUCCCUUCCCCAUCAUUCCAGCAGUCUUUUUUCGGAAGGGUCCCCAUUAAGUUGCAGGAGCAUGUAGCGUAAAGCACUCUCUUCCUUCCUUCUGGGUUUUAACAAGACGUGUCCUGGUGUAUAUCUCUGCAGACUACUACAUCAGAGCUCACACCAGAGCCAUACAUACACUCCCACUUCAGUCCUCUAAAAGGUGUUCUCUAUAAUGCAUAGCACCCUUCUGUGCAAAAGUCCAAAAUGUUCUCUUUUAUUUUACAGUAUUUUGUUCUGUAUGUAUUGUAAUGCUUUUUAAGAGAACGAGAGAACGUGUAAGUGCUUUUAUUUGUCCUGAGUCUCAAACGCAACUGAACUAAUGAUGUUGAAACAAGAGUGAAAGAGAAAGAGAGAGAGAGAGAGAGACCCACUGGUUCAUUAUUAAAGCCUUUCCUCAUUAAAGCCUUUUCUGAAAGAAAGGACCAUGGGUGGUAGGUUGAUGACAUUCAGAAAAUAAUACAGUGUUAAAGAUGCUUGCAGGUUUUGUGAUGGUGACUUUUGCACUGUAGAGGACAGCUUGGCAACUUAGUCUCAUGUAAAUUAACCAACACUGCAUCAUUUUAUCGUUUCUCAAUUCAAUCAAGUCAAGAAAUUAAAAAAAUGUCGACCUUCUCAUUCAAACUCAA